AUGAGACUGGUGACAGGAAUAAAUCUUCUCCUAACUUUGGGUAUAUUGGGAGAUUCUAAGACCACACAGCCAAACUCAGCAGAGGGCGCUGAAGAAGAACCUGUGCACUUGCCCUGUAAUCACUCCACAAUCAGUGGACCUGAGUAUGUAUAUUGGUAUCGACAGAUUUCCCACCAGGGUCCAGAGUACUUGAUUCACGGUCUGAACAACAAUGUGACAAAUAAGAUGGCUUCUCUGAGCAUCGCCAAAGACAGAAAGUCCAGCAUCUUGGUUCUGCCCCAGGUCACCGUGAGAGACACUGCUGUGUACUACUGCAUUCUGAGAGACACACACUGGGACAGAUGGGGCUGCACCUGUGCAAAUCAUCUAAAAGCCACGGGGACUCUGCACUCAGCUACUCAGAGAAGGGCGGGUGUGUGCCGCAGUAAGAACAGGAGCAGUUUCAACCAGAGAAGCGCGUCUGUCAUGCUCCGCCCGGGCCUGCUGUGGGUGUUCAUGGCUGCCUUUGGCCUCAGUACGUGUGGCCCUGAGCCUGGAACCUCAGCUUCCCCUUAG